AUGAGUCAAGACGAAGGUCUCCUAUCCAAACUCAACGAACUCGCGUCCCAGUACGACGAGCUAUCAACACAGCUCGAAUCCCCCGAGGUCCUCGCUGACCACAACCAGGUCCGCACCCUCUCCAUCAAACGCGCCGCCCUCGCCCCCGUUGUCGAGGGGUUCCAGCACUACCAGUCCCUGCUCACCGAAGCCGACGAACUCCGCGAAGCACUCACAAGCGACGAUCCUGAACUUGCCGAGUUCGCCAAAGCCGAACUCCCGUCCAUCGAAUCCGCCGCGACCCAGAAGCUCGAAGAGAUCAAAUCCACCCUCGUGACCACCGACGACCUCGCCGUCGGAUCAGUCAUCCUCGAAAUCCGCGCCGGAACCGGAGGCGACGAAGCCGGACUCUGGGCGCGCGACCUCCUCGAGGUCUACACCCGCUUCGCAUCAUCACGAGGAUGGAGCGUCGAGGAGAUGUCCCUCGACGCCGACUCGUCAGUGGGGGGGAUCCGCCACGCCGUCCUCAACUUCAAAGGAGAAGGCGUCUGGCAAUGCCUCUCGUUCGAGUCGGGAGUCCACUCCGUCAAACGCGUCCCCGCCACCGAAACCCAAGGCCGCGUCCACACCUCCACCUGCACCGUCGCCGUCCUCCCAGAACCCGAAGAAGUCGAGGUCAACAUCGACUGGUCCAACGACGUAGACGAGCACAUCACCACCGCCCAAGGCCCAGGAGGCCAGAACGUCAACAAAGUCGCGACCGCCGUCCAACUCCUCCACAAACCCACCGGCGUCGAAGUCCGCAUGCAGGAAUCCAAAUCCCAAGCCCAAAACCGCGACAAAGCACGCCGCCUCCUCAUCGCCCGCGUCCACGAGAUCGAGCAAGCCAAAGCCCACGCCGAGCGCGACGAAUCACGCCGCGCCCAGAUCGGCACCGCGCAGCGCUCCGAAAAAAUCCGCGUCUACCGCUACCAGGACAACAUCGUCGCCGAUCAGCGCUUAACCGAAAAGUUCAACAAAUCAUCCAUCAUCGACAGCGCCGACCUCACCCCGCUCUUCGACGCCCUCAUCGAGCAACAAACCGCUGAGCGCCUCGCAGCAUUGUGA